CACAGGACCAGGAGGAAAGGAUAUUAAAGUCAUUCAACGAGUCCUGGAAAAUACUAGAAACAUUAUUUAGACAACACAACAUUAGACAUUAAAAAUGAUAUUUUAAUUAAAAGUCUUUCAACAGGACUUAAUGCUUUGAACAUCAAACCAUAUGCUGGAGUGCCAUUAAAAAUAUUAAUGUGUAAUUAGAAUUCAAAAUACAAAAAUACAUCAUAUAUGGGCUUAUCUGAGAUGUUACGAAGUUCGCCAUCGAAUAAAUGUUUAAUACUCGAUUAAAACUUGACAAAAGUAUGGAAAACAUUACAGGCUAUGCCACAUGUGGCAUGGCCAAUAACGCGGAUGGUGUUAUAGUUAAUGUUGAUGGUGUGAUAAAUAAUGCUGAUUGUGUGAUAAACAAUGCUGAUUGUGUGAUAAAUAAUGCUGAUGGUGUGAUAAAUAAUGACAAAAUUAUGAAAAAAAGUUCUACCUGUUUGGUGAAUAGUGAAACUUUUGGUGAAAACCAUGUUACAAGUGAUUUUCAGAGACUGACGGCGAGUGGCCAAAAAGGAAAACACAUAUGUGAUAUAUGCCAUAGGGCGUUCAAAUGGAAGUGUAUCCUAGUAAAACAUUAUAAAAUACAUACCGGAGAAAAGAACUUCAAAUGUUAUGUUUGUAAUAAAAAAUUUGUACAAAAGGCUUCUCUUAACUUACAUUAUCUUAUUCAUACUGGAGAGAAGAACUUCAAAUGUGAUGUUUGUUAUAAAGCAUUUCAACAAAAGUCUCAUCUUAACGUACAUUAUCGAAUUCAUACUGGAGAAAGGAACUUUAAAUGUGAUGUUUGUUCUAAAACAUUUGCACGAAAGGAUAUACUUAAGAUACAUUACAAAACUCAUACUGGAGAAAAGAACUAUAAAUGUGAUGUUUGUUUUAAAACGUUUGGACUAAAGUUUCAACUGACCCUCCAUUAUAAAGGUCAUACGGGAGAAGAUUAUUUCAAAUGUGAUGUUUGUUCUAAAGCAUUCGCAAGAAAGUUUGAUCUUAAAGCACAUAACAAAAUUCAUACUGGAGAAAAGAAUUUCAAAUGUAAUGUUUGUUUUAAAAUGUUUACAAGAAAGUCUGAUCUUAACUGUCAUUACAAAACUCAUACUGGAGAAAAGAACUUCAAAUGUGAUGUUUGUUCUAAAACAUAUGUAAAAAGAUCUCAUCUAAACGCACAUUACAAGACUCAUACCGGAGAAAAGAACUUCCAAUGUGACGUCUGUUCGAGAACAUUUGCACAAAAGCCUUAUCUUACCGCACAUCAUCUUAUUCAUACUGGAGAAAAGAACUUCAAAUGUGAUGUUUGUUCUAAAACAUUUGCACGAAAGUCUUAUCUUAACGUACAUUACAAAAUCCAUACUGGAGAAAAGAACUUCAAAUGUGAUGUUUGUUCUAAAACAUUUGCACGAAAGUUUGGUCUUAAUGAACAUUACAAAGCUCAUACUGGAGAAAAGAAUUUCAAAUGUGAUGUCUGUUCAAAACCAUUUUCACGAAAGUCUUAUCUUAAGGUACAUUGCAAAACUCAUACUGGAGAAAAGAACUUCAAAUGUGAUAUUUGUUUUAAAACUUUUGCACAAAAAUCUCAACUUAAAAUACAUUACAAAACUCACACUGGGGAAAAGGACUUCGAAUGUGAUAUUUGUUCUAAAACUUUUGCACGAAAAUCUCAACUUGAAAUACAUUACAAAACUCACACUGGGGAAAAGGACUUCAAAUGUGAUGUUUGUUCAAAAACAUUUGCCCAAAAGUCUUAUCUUACCGUACAUCAUCUAAAUCAUACUGGACAAAAGAACUUCAAGUGUGAUGUUUGUUCUAAAUUAUUCGCACAAAGGUCUUACCUUUCCUCACAUUAUCUAAUUCACACUGGAGAAAAGAACUUCAAAUGUGAUGUUUGUUCGAAAACGUUUGCACGAAAGACUGAACUUACGGUACAUUACAAAAUUCAUACAGGAGAAAAGAACUUCAAAUGUGAUAUUUGUUCUAAAUCAUUUGCACAGAAGUCUUAUCUUACCAAACAUAACAAAAUUCAUACAAGAGAAAAGAACUACAAAUGUGAUGUUUGUUCCCAAAAAUUUGCACAGAAGUCUUAUUUAUCCGAACAUAAAAAAAUUCAUACAGGAGAAAAAAUGCCAAAUGUGAUGUUUGUUCUAAAACAUUUGCACAGAAGUCUUAUCUUACCGUACAUUAUCUAACUCAUACAAGAGAAAAGAACUUCAAAUUGUGAUGUUUGUUAAAAAACAUUUACUCAAAAGUCUUAACUUAUAUUACAAACACAGUUGCACACUGUCAUUGUAAUUCACCCUCGCCCUUGCGAGAUGAAUUGAAUGUAAGCCAAUCAGAGAAUUGAAGUACGAUAUAAUUUAUCUUUUGACAGUUUUCGCAAUAUAGUUGCCAUUUUGUUUUCAAAUUGAUGUCUUAUAUACUCAUGUCUUCUUUGACAACACUCGUACGUGUUCUUAUAUACUCAUGUCUUCUUUGACAACACUCGUACGUGUUGCUUGACAAGACACAAUCGACUUUGCUCUGUUGGAA